CACCGUCAGGACUCGGGAGCAACGGCCGCCGCCGCUGGGGACACUGGGGCUGUCGUUUUGUUUAUUUCACAAAAGCCUAAACUUUUCUCUACAAUGUCGGAGUUUGACAGCAACCCGUUCGCUGACCCAGUGGACGUGAAUCCCUUCCAGGAUGCCUCAGUCACACAGGCCACCAGCGGCGGAGUCACUGAAAGCAUUGGAGAGUUCAACCCAUUCUCUGCACCUGGAAUGGGAAACCGCUCUGGCACAACCAUCCCCAUCUCUGCAGCCUCCUCUCAACCUGCCAUACUACAGACCUCCGUAGAACAGAGCGCACAAGCAACUGCAGCUGCUGCCCAGGCUAACCUGGUCAAACAGCAGGAGGAGCUGGAGAGAAAAGCAGCUGAGCUGGACCGAAAGGAGCAGGAGCUGCAGAACAGGACCUCAGGCAGGGCCAACACUGGAGCUAAAGAGAACAACUGGCCACCUCUUCCCAAGAUAUUCCCUGUGAAACCCUGCUUUUAUCAGGAUUUUGAGGAGGAAAUCCCUGAGGAGUACCGCAGGAUAUGCAAGAGAAUGUACUACCUCUGGAUGUUCCACAGUGCCACUCUCUUCCUCAACGUGCUGGCCUGCCUGGCUUACUUCACUGCAGACUCUCAAUACGGUGUGGACUUUGGUCUGUCCAUCCUCUGGUUCGUCCUCUUCACCCCUGUGUCCUUCAUCUGCUGGUACAGGCCUGUCUACAAAGCCUUCAGGUCUGACAGCUCCUUCAGCUUCUUUUUUUUCUUUUUUGUCUUCUUCUUCCAAGUGGCAGUGUACAUUAUCCAAACCGUGGGGAUCCCCCGCUGGGGAAACAGCGGAUGGAUUGCAUCCAUCAGCAUGAUCAGCAGAAACUUGGCCGUGGCUGUGGUUAUGAUGGUGGUCGCUGGUUUUUUCACUGUAAACGCUGUCCUGGCUAUCAUCCUACUGAAGAUGGUCCACUCUAAGUACAGAAGGACGGGUGCCAGCUUUACUAAGGCCCAACAGGAGUUCUCCCAAGGAGUCCUGACCAACCGAACCUUCCAGACUGCUGCAGCUGGUGCUGCCACCUCUGCUGCCCAGGGAGCCUUUGGCAGGAACCAGGGAAAUUAGACUGUUUCCCUCAGGCUAGUCUCAUCUGUCUAACAAACCAGGCUAGCCAUGUCCCAACAUUCCUAAGUGGGUUCAGGGGAUAGGGGUUUGAUUAUUUAAUGAAAAGCGCCAAAAGCAAGUAAGAUAACGACAAGAUCAGACUAGUGAGGUGUCCCCCUUCUCCACUUACAAACUUUUAAAGACAGUGCGGUAUAAUGGAGAAGAGAAGCUAGAGGUCUUAUACAUGAAUGUAAUGACUUUCACAUGUCUUGGUUGUUAUUGAAGUCUGUACCAUCCUCAUCAGUAUACAACAUGUUCAAACUUAAUGAUAUCAUAAUUCAGUUUAUUCUGGGAAAUGUAGGAAGGCACAAACUGAGUUUGAAUUAAACAAAGCAGAAAAGGAGGCAGAGUGAGUAUGACAAAAAUCGAAUUGGCAGCACCUCAUCACAGCCUAACUUGUGGAAUGCGUUAUGUGUACAUGAGAGUAUCUGCGAUGCACCACUGAACAAGGCUGGGGUUUAGUGAAGAAGUACAUCUCUUUAAAUCCUGUCAGUGUCAAAGAUGCAGGCGAAAAGUAUUAGGAUUUUUCUAUCUCACUGCUCAUUC